AUGAACGAUAUCAAUAGCUCCAAGAAAGACAGGAAUACAUAGAGCAGCAAAAUGACUUUUAAAACUAAAAAUAUAGAAAUAAACAUUUCAAGUGAUGACGGCUUUGAUAUUGAGCAUCAGUAAUAACAUUAAGAAAGAGAGUCUGAAUCGGAAAAUGAACUUUAAUAAUAGUUUUAAAGACCUCAAUUCGCUCGGUAAACUGAUUAAAGGCCUCAAUAAAAGAGCAAAAAUUUGAAAGAAAACUAUGCUUACCCAUUACAGUAAAAUCAAUAUGAUGACAAAGAUGAUGGAGGUUAUGAACAAGAAGAUAGCAAUUUAAUUCAAAAUCGAGAUAACUACCCUAUUGAAGAUGAUGAAGAAGAGGAGUAAUCACAAUAUGAUGAACAAGAGCACUUAAUGAACAGACAGAUAAUUAUAAAUCGAAUGAAGGAUUAGAGAAAUAAAAUGAAAGGAAAUUAAGAUGAUCUUGAUGAAUAAGAACUACUUUCAAUGAGACAAUAAAAAUUAGAAAAUUCAAAAGGCAAGGCAAAUAAAAGGAGAAUGAACCAAGAAUAAGAUGACAGCAAUAUAAAUAAUCCAUUAGACGACACUAGGGUAGAUGAUGUAAACGGAGUAAUAGGCAAAUCUCAAAACCCAUUAAUUGACGAUAAUGUUUAGCAAAAGGAAUUCUUAACUUAAUUUGGGAGCUUAAAGUUGAUACUUGGAAUAAUACUUUUCUUUUCAUUAUUUUUGACAGUAUUUGGCUUUGUUGCUUAUGAACAAACUCGUUUCUCUAUUUUCUCCUGGAUUGCAACGAUGGUUGAAUAAGAUCUUCAAAGAAUAUAUUACUCAAACCUCUCAAGCACAUUUGGAUUUGAAGCACUUUUUAUUUUCUUCAAUCUAUCUGCAAUUCUGAUGUCGAUUAUGGUAUUUCUGGGUAUCGCAUCAGCAAUAAGUCUUAAUUCUGCAAUGGCUGCUCUUGAAUCAAUGCAUGGCGGAGCUUUUGAUGAAUGGGAGUAACAUUUUGGAAAAGGAACUCAGCUAGAAUCAAUCUAGCUUUUGACAAAGGCUUUUUUCAUAAUUGCAAGUUUUUCAUGCCUUUUAAUAUCACUUUUAUUGUUGGUUGUAUUUAUAAGGGGAAUCGAGAUAGGCUCAACUUAACACUCCAACAGGAUUACAGCAACUUUUUAUACUUUUAACAAUGUUUUAUUACCUCUACUUUUGAUGGCUUUAGUAUAUGUUACUGUUAAUGCUAAUAAAGAAGUGACAAGUUUGCCUGUUAUUGGUGAUAGAUUUUUCCCAUAUGCCCAAAGUAGUUUAGUAUCUUAUUAUGCAGAUAGUUUUGACUCAUAUUAUGAAAUUAACUGGGGAAAGCUGAUGAUUCAUGUUAAUAAAAACUAUUAUAAUGUAGAUGAUAUGAAUUGCUAUGGCGGUAAAUAUGUCAACAAUUUUAAUUCUACCUCAUUCUAUAACCUUAAGUGCGACAACAAAAAUGAAAUUGCCUAUAUUUGGGAAAAUGAGUAUUCCAAAAAUAUUUAAGAUUAAAACAUAUUAUAUGGCUGCAUAAAUUAAAGUUGCAAAGCUGUUUUUGGUUAGUGGGUAAGCUCUACUAUUAAGUAUCUAGCACUAAUUGGAUUUACAACAUCUGCAGUUUGUUUAAUAAUGAUUGGCAUUAGUGUAAAUAUUUGGAAAAAAUUGGCAAAUGGAUCUGAUAGAAUAAUGUGGCAUAACAAGGGAAUAGAAUUCAUGUUUCUUGGACUCUCUUUUCUAAUAAUUUUUGUGCUGGCUUUUAUGAUUGCCUUUGAAACCCCUGAUCCACCCGAAAUCUUUCCUUUCGCUACUGAAUAACCUAGAGAAAUCUAUAAUUCUCAGUAUGAAGUAAAUAUUGAAUCUAUAAAUAUUAGAAAAGAACUAUUAGAAGUAAAUUAGGGGUCAUUUCCUGUAUAUGGUAUCCAAAUUGCAGAGGAUUAGUCUUAGUGUAAACCUGACUGCUAACCUUUAUUAUACUAUGUGGAGUUAAGUACUCAGGAUGGAAAAAUAAAGAUUGAUUCGAAUGAAGAUAAGAAUAUGUAUAACUAGUAAAAGAAUAUGGAAUCCAAUUUAGUCUUCAAUAGCACUAAUGGAAUGUAAUCAAACAAUGCAUAUGUAGUGGCAUUUUACGGAAGUUUUAAAGAUGUCAACAAUGCUCUUAAUAAUCUAUUAUUUGAACCUAAUUGCCCAAUUAAAUCUGGAUUAUCUAUUUCAAUCAAAGUCAAUACUCAAGGUGAAAAUGGAAAUGAAGCAAAUGGAUAAAUGGUAUCUGCAGCUGCUGGUUAAGUUGUAGAAGUUAGAGGACCUGGAGUAUUUUCAAUUAUAGAUUCAAACUAUGCUGAUGAGACACUUCAACCUGGAAUCUAAAGUUGUGAAUAAAAGACAACGAUAACAGAUAUUAAUGGUGAAUUUGUUAUGGAAUUCCCUGUCAUGAAAAACAAUCUAGCCUAUUAAGUUUCAUUCGCUUUUGAAAAUGCUAAUUUUAAGUCCUCACAAAAGAUCAUACAGUUUGGAGGAAUUGUGUUUGAAAAAGAAAAAUAUUUCCAAACCUAUUUGAUAAGGAAAAAUGUUGACAUUCUUUCUUACUAUUCCUCUUAACUUAUUGAUGCAAGCACUUUUAAUCCUAUUAGUAAAGCUAAAGUAUCCAUAUUUGAGGGUGGAAAUACAACUAAGAUAGAAAGAUAACAGGCCUUAUCAGUUAUGGUACCUGAUUUUAAUGGAACUUUUGAGCUAUUCAAUCUAUUCCCAGGAUAGAUAAUGAUUAAUGUAAAUGACUCAACUGGCUAAUAUAUGCCUUACUUAGAAUCAAACGUUUUCCUGCUGGGAGACAAAUACUCCAGUAAGAGUCAUUUUAGAGACAUCUUCUUGAAUGAUGCUAAAGAUGAUCAGUAUUAAGUUAGACUAGUACUCACAUGGCUAUCAUAAGACCAAUCAAAAGCUUCUAUUAAAAACAGAGACCUAGACUUGUUUGUUGACUUCUAGCUAAAAGACAAGUUUGUCUGCUCAGUUGGCUUUUACAAUCCAUUGUGCUAGGGAGUAAUAGGAAACUUCGACAGCUAAAACUAGAGACCUGAGGUUAGAAACGCUGAAACUGUGACAUUUAAUGCUAUUGGCGAAUACCAAUACUUAGUAUAUGUUGGAGAAUACCUUGAUAAGCAGAUAUUGUCCCAAUAGUAAAUAUAGGACACAGAAGCAAGAAUAGAUCUUUACAUCAGAGGCUAAAACUAUGGUCCUGUAGCUAAGUUUUAUGUUCCAUACACUAAAACUGCAGUCAGUUAGGGAAACUCUAAGCCUUAUAGAUACUGGGGAGUAUUUUGCUUUGACGGCUCUCUAAGUCUCAAUAAAAUAGUCUCAUUAGGUUACCUAGGCUUUGAAAAGCCUAUUCCAAGUCUUUGCUAAAUAAACAACAUAUGA